GGUAGUCAGUCACCAAUAGCACCAGUCUCUCCUCUGCCAUGUCAGUCCUUGCUUCCACAAAGUAGGGCAAUAUCAGGUCUGGUAGGAUACCACCCUCCCACAGCCUCUGAGUACCGUUGCCAUUGGCCAGGACCAGAUACCCUGAGUUCAGCAAACCCAUUUGCCUGGACCAUUUGAGAAAGUAAAAGCCAGAGAUUGGAUCAUGAAGACUUUUGCAAAUAUAGUAUUUGGACUUUUUAUUGUGGAGGCAGUUGUAGCAGUUCCAUCAAGGCAAGGAAGACAGGCCCCAGGCUAUGACACAUAUGAUGCUACAAACUAUGACGUGGAUUUAGAAAAUCUCAAUUUGGAAAACCAAGACAUAUAUAACUAUGAUGAUGGACUUACCAUUGAUGAACCUCAGAUUGAGAUUGGCACCCUGCCACCCAUUGUAGACAGCCGCCGGCAGACAGUCCCUUCCCAGGAAGAGGAGGAAGAGGAGCUUCCUCUUAAACCCCUGAACCCAGCCCAGAGCUCAGGUGGUUCAGGGCUCUUGGGCCCAGACACACAGGCAGGCUUGCCCACUUGUCUGCUGUGCACCUGUCUUGGUGGCUCAGUUUACUGUGACGAUGUGAAGCUGGACACGGUGCCUCCUCUUCCCAAAGAGACCACUCAUUUCUAUGCUCGCUACAACAAGAUCAAGAAAAUAAAUAAGUCUGAUUUUGCAGAGAUGAAUAAGCUGAAGAGGAUUGACGUGACAAGCAAUGAGAUUUCUGAGAUUGACGAGGAUGCCUUCCGGACUCUGCCUGCCCUGCAGGAGUUGGUAUUGCGGGAGAACAAGGUGCGUCAGCUGCCUGAACUGCCCAACGCCAUGACUCUGAUCGACGCCAGCCACAACAAGCUAGGCAGCAGUGGACUUAAACGUGAAGCCUUCAAGGAAAUGCACAACUUGCUAUACCUGUACCUCACUGACAACAACCUGGACCACAUCCCUCUGCCUCUGCCUCACACCCUGCGCUCUCUUCAUCUCCAGAAUAACAACAUCCAGAUGCUGCAUGAAGACACAUUCUGCAACUUGAAAGACAUCAAUUAUAUUCGCAAGGCUCUUGAGGACGUCCGACUGGAUGCUAAUCCCAUCAACCUCAGCAAAACACCACAUGCCUAUAUAUGCCUGCCUCGUGUGCCUACUGGCCGACUUUACUAAACUUACACAAAGAAACAGAAAGAAACAUCAGAUGCAUAGGAAGGCCCUUUUUUCACAACAUAAGGUUAAGCCUACGUUCACAAACACACAACUAAGGCCUCUUAGGCAGAACUAGCUUUUUGUUUUGUUUUGUUUUGUUUUUAUUUACAGCGACCAUAUUUCUUUUUAAGAGAAUACUCUUUAGGUACAGCAAACAAAGAUAUGCAUUACAUUUUGUUGUAUGUUUAGUAAAAUAUGUAUUAAUUAACAGUGUAUGGGAUAUUUUGAAGGGAAUAUAUACCAAAAUAUUAAAUGCUGAAGCAUGAUGACCCACAUUUUACACAAUAAAAAAAGAAAAAAAAAAACUAUACUUGCAAUAAAAGCAGCAUCAUGUAAAAAAAAAACUUUUUUUAUUUUCUUUUGUAAAGGCUAUAUAAUAAAUUAAACAAAUUUAAGAAAGAAAUCAUAAUCUUAAUGAACUGGAGUUGUAGCUAUAUUUUAUUUUAUACAAACUGAUAUUACAGGUGCAAACAUACAACAACUGCGACCUUGGUAGGGAUUUGGUAGCUAUGACCUUUUGUGCUUUGUAACUACUGCUAUACUAUAUUAAUGUUUUCAGGUUGAAUAAAGUUGUUGUUUGAAAAACCUUUA